AGAUUUAUCUAUUCCUAGACUACGUUCUUUAUGCCGGCGGACACGCACCGGUUCAUCUCGAUAACGACGAAUAAAUUCGCGCCACGCGCUUAGGCUUCCGAAAGUUAUCUGUGCAUAGCGCAGAGCAAAUCGGCUGUGCUCCGAUUUCGGAUACAAGCUCAUAGCGGGGACGCAUUCGGCGUUGAGGAUCGCUCGCAUUAAGAGCGUGCGAACUUACGAUGGCGUCAGCCAUGGAUUUUCAAGCGCAAGGCGAGAAGACUAACGGACAUGAUCAACCAGGUGUUCACCAGAAUAGUCAGGAAAACGCGGGCCAGCAGAAUCAAGGCCAAUACCACCAGCAGCAACAUCAGCAGCAUGGUCAGCAGCAGCAAGCUACAGCCGGUAUCCCUGGAAAGGACGACGAGCGCAAGCUCUUCGUUGGCGGAUUGUCUCGUAGCACCACCGACAAAGAGUUGCAUGAACACUUCAGCAAAUUUGGCGAGAUCGAGAGUAUCUCCGUCAAGGUCGAUCCCCACACCGGUGUCUCACGCGGCUUCGCUUUCAUGGUGUUUGCCAAUCCCAAGACCAUCGAUAAGCUGCUCGCGUCCGGCGAGCAUUAUAUUAACAAGCGUAAGGUGGAUCCAAAGCGAGUGAGCAAAAAACCUCAACAUGGUAAAGUCUUUGUGGGUGGUCUCACACCAGAGAUCACGGAUGAAGAUAUUAAAACUCAUUUCGGACAAUACGGAACUAUCGUCGAGCUGCAAGCACCUUUCGACAAAGUCAAAAAUCAACGGAAGGGUUUCUGUUUUAUCACGUUUGACUCGAAGGAGGUUGUGUAUAAGUUACUGAAAACACCUAAACAGACGAUAAAUGGUAAGGAGGUAGAUGUCAAAAAGGUGAAGGUUAAUCCAGAUCCGAGAAAUCAAGGUUUCUGGGCACCGGGUUAUGGAUAUGGUUAUGGUGGUGGUUAUUAUCUUCCCGAUUAUAAUGGCUAUCAUAGUGGCUAUGAUGAUAUGUACACCAACUAUGAUUAUGCCGGAUACGACGGCUAUGAUAACAUGGGCUAUGGACCCAAACCACGAGGAAAUGGUCCAGGACCGCGUCAGUUUCAGAGACAUCAACCGUACUAAAUGAAACAGGUAUAUUAACUAUACUAUCAUAUUUCUUCAUACUGAACAUUAAGAAGGUCCUAGGUAGAAUACUACAAGAUAUAUCAAAAGUCAUCUUGUAAGAGAAUAGCCCUUCAAUUUUCAUUUGUUCUAUGCAGAGAUAUUGUCCUUCCUAGAUAUUGUCUACUGAGUGAUGAGUAAUAAGAAAUAACAUUGCAUAAAAAACAAUGAUGGCAGUGCUUGCAAUAUUUUCGUUGCUAAUAUGCAUGUGUUUUCUAUUGAUUGUUACAUUCUCUGAUUCUUACUUUAUCUUCUUUAUUACGACCUUUUGCGCAGACCGAGCUAUUCUUUCACGAGAUAUAGGGCGCAUUUCAUUUAGUAUUACAAAUACUAUGAAGCAUUUGAUUAAUUAAACAAGUAAUCUUUACUUCUUUUGUCCUGAUUGAUUAAAUAAUUCAAAGUAUUUGUAAUAUCAAGUCGAGUGCACUUGAAAUAUACAGAUUACGGUCGGAGACUGAAUUGGGGAUGUUGGAAAUGAAGAAAACAAGGAACUGGGAAAAAUUUAUACGGUUAGGUUCAAAAACUUAGAACUUAUGUACUGGAAAAGCCACAUAUUGUUCUGCUGUUCUUCCAAUAUAUGUUUGACCUUAUCUGUUGAUUGUAAUAUGCAUGUCAGAUUACAAAUCAUAGAUAAAUGUUAUAUAUGUCAUUCUUCAAAUUUAGUUUUUAGUACUAUGUACUGACAACUUAUUUAGAAAAAACACAUUCUGUUAUAAAACAAGCUAUUACUUCAAAAUAAUUUUUCAUAGUGUUUUACUUCAAAAUAUUUCAAACAUGUUAUAUAUUAUAUAUAUUUCAUUUAUAAUACUUUGAAGCUUAUAUAUUGUGCUUAUAAUAUAUAUAUAUUUAUUAUAAGCUUUCGCAUAAAUUUCAAACAGAUAACAGUUUUUUUUCUGCUUAUAUUUCUUAAAAUUUUUGGUAUCUAAAAUAAAAUUCAUGUAUAUUCAGACGUUGGAGAGAACGUCGGAAAUGCGAAAGAAUUGAAAAAAUAAAAAGUAUAAAGAAGACAAACAGAUAGAUGUGGACACCUCUGCUAAAUUGUUCAGAUCAUUAAAUUGUAUGACAUACUGGAAUGAAUCUUUUGUGUUAUAAACUACAAUGAUUUGCAAUGUGCAGCUUGUAAAAGAACAAUUUUCUUCUAUAAUUUGUCAGGCAAAUAUUUUUAUAACUUAAAUUUAACUGUGCUUCUAAAAAAAAAAGAUAGCCUUGGCAUACAGAAUAUCAUCUCCUUUUCAUAUUUAACGAAUUUAUCGUAGAGAAUUAUCGCUUGCCAAUCAGCAACAAGUAGAUAUCCUGGAUACCCUAUAUAGCUAUCUUUUUUUAUAAUUCAGUGGAAGUUGCCCCCACCAUUUGAAGAUUUAUUCCAAUAUGUUGUAUAAUUCAAUGAUUCAGAAUGGUCAUGCCCUUUCCAGUAUAUAUUCUAAGAUUGUAAACGGCUCGUCCAACAAGCUCCGAAUCCCCCCGAGUUUAAUACAUUAUAAAGGAAACACACGCUAGAGAGAGAGAGAGAGAGAGAAAGAGAGAGAGUGAUAGCAUAACUGAAAUUAACAAUAAUAACAAGAAAUACAAGUUAAUAAUAUUAAUGUAGAAUGAGUAAUUAAGAAUGUGAGUAAUAUUAACAAUAGAAAGCAUUAAUAUUUUUAUUUAACGACCAUUAAACGAUCGUUGCCCGAAACCAGUGAUUCGAAAUCAGUGUUAAACAAUGGAAUCAAUGUUAUCAUGUAAAAAAAAAAUAUAGAAGUUUUAAAAUGCGCGUGUCUCAUAUUUUCUUCCGCAGUAACAGAACAGGUUAAUGCUAAACUAAUAACACGAUAAUUUAUACAGAAUUUGUACUUUCUGUAAUGUACUUCGUUCUAUUUAUAGAGAAUAUGGCAAGGUUUUCUGUGUAAUAAAAGAACUACAACAAUUGAUAUAUAUGAUCAUAAAAUUUGUUAAAGGAAAAACUUCAAUUUCAAAUACAUUUAUAUUGGAAUACUGUUAGUCGUAUUCAUUCAAUUUAACUCUUUAUUUGUUCUUUAUUCAUAAUUUGCAACUAACUAACGUAUAUAUCUAAUAUAUUGAGUUGUGCCGCAAAAUAAUAUAUCUAAUAUAUUGUUUUGCAUGUUAAGAAAUUUUUUGCUGGGGAUCGAAGAAAUUUUUUAUAUUUUUACAUUCAAAUAAUACAUACAUUUAAUAUACAAUCAAAUAAUUAUAGCAGCUUUUAAUUAAUGUGGCAUCAGUGCAGUAUAAUUCGGGUAACCGAAUUUGCUGUUACAGGCUGCGUCCCGUUUUAAAUGGCAAUGCAUCAUAGGUUUGUUCUUUAUAGUUGAAUUUCCUGCACUCGUAUACAUUAAAAAUAAGAUGGGUAUAUGUCCAAAAAAAAAAUAAAGAAACAAAAAGAGUGCAAGAAGUUUAGCUACAAAGAACGAACCUCAUAUAUGAAUGAAAGUAUAUAUAUAUAUGGAUGAUUUUUCAGUACUGCCAGUACUUCAGUCUAUAUCGAAAUACACAACAGAUAGAUGUAAAGACAAAAAUACAUAUAAUCUUGAAGAAAAAUAUAUCUACAUAUGAAGAUGUCGUUCUUAUUCAUCUUUGAAAAUUUGGCACAAUUUUUCCGGUCAACUCAAUAUUUUAGUAUUCUAGUACUUUACUUUAGUAUUCUCAUAUUCUUUAGAAAUUUAAGUUUGUUCACAAGUAUUUCUUUAUUACAUGCUAUUCACUAUAUACAUUAUAUAUAAAAAAAUAAUGUAUGUUGAUAUACCUUGAUUCAAAUUAUUUUUAGACAAUCUUAAUUUGUGUGGUUACAAUCCUGCUAUAUAAUAGACAAAAAAAAAAAGAAAAUACUUAUGGACCAAGGGCUUAUAUAAAAAUAUAUUUCUUCCUUAUAUAACUCAUGUCAAAUAGUGUAGUCAAAGUUAAAUAUAUGCUCUAAACUCUAAAUAUAUGAUCUAAUAUGCAACCGUUUAUAAUUGAAGAAUAUGUAAGUUAUGUUAAGGAGUAUCUAAACUCAUUUUCGUAUCAUCUAAUAUCUGUAUAAUAUCUGAUAUCUGUGUAACACAUUGAAAAAUGUGUAAGUUAUACAGUUUAUAAGCUAACAAAUUGUACAUAUAUGUACAUCGUAUGUAUGUUACAUCAAGAAAGAAAAACAUACAUACAUUCAUGUAUGCGUAUUUGUAAGGAUAUGACGAUGUAAGAAUAUGAUGAGUUAGAAUUUAGAGGAAAAAAAUGUAAAAAAAAAAUAUAAAAAAGAAUAUAAUUAAAAUAUGAGCGUCCUGGGUAUAUACAUGAAGUGCACGCAAACGACGGACCUAGCUGAAAUAGUAUCGACGAAACGAUACAACUGUAAUAAUGAGAAAAGAAAAAAAAUAUGCAUAUUGCACUAUAACCAUAGUUUACAAUAUUUAUGCAGAAUUGUAUUAUACUAUCGACAUCCUGUGAAUGUGUCAUUGUAAAACAUAUAUUGUCAUAGUUAGUCUGGCAAUUCUAAUCUGUCUUUAAUAAGACGAGAUAGAUAAAAUCUAUCUCGAAACAAAGUUCUAUUACUUGCGUGUCGUCUGUGUGCUCGGUCUGUAUAACAAAAGAAUAAGAUAUGAAUACGGCGAAAAAAUAAUAACAGUAUGUACACAUUGAAAAUAACAAAGAUUUUCUUAAACGUUCGAAUUAAGUGAUAUUAAUGUUUAAAGUCCAUUUUAGACGAUUUAUAAUUCGUGACAAAUUUCGUAACAAAUUUAUAGAAUUCCAUUUAUAAUUUUACAUGUCAUGCAAUACAGAAAACACAUUUGAAGAAAUAAAAUAAACGUAUACAUUAGGACAUGUGGCACAUAAAAUCAAAGCUUUAAAAUCUUUUACACACACACAAACAUACAUACAUACAUAUAUAUAUAUAUAUAUAUAUAUAUAUAUUCUUAAAAUGUUUUCUGUGUAAUUAUAAAUAAAUUUUUAUAGCGAUAUUUAUCGCGAAUUCUAAUUCGUUUAAAGUAGAUUUAAGGCGGCAAAAGAUCAGAAAUGAAAACACAAUCUGUAGAUUACUUUAAUAUUUCUUUCGCAUUUCUAACGCGCGAGUAGCAGUUGCUGUUCACCGUACGAAGACUGCUCUUCAUAUCGCGAAAAGACUGUCACAAAUGAUGAUACAGGCUCUAGAAAAUUUUGACAAUUAAUAGAAUUUGCGGUUUCGACUACAAAAUUGAAAGAAAACUGGGUAAUAUAAUUGUUAGAGAAUGUAGAUAAGGCACAAUAUGUGGGACUAUGUUUAGAUACAUCGAAAUUAUAUUGUACACAAGGCUGAAAAAGCUUUAAACAUUCAAAAGUUUUUUCUCAGACGUCGCAAAGGCAUCAAUGGUUUGGCUUAACUCAAUUGAGUGAAAGUUAACGGGAGAAAUUCCCUUGAGAACAUCUUUAAUAGAUUUUUAAUAGAAUUCGUUUUUGUGAACCCUGUUGGAUGCAUUACUGAUGUUCAUUACAGCGUUUAUUGAUGCAUUUAUUGCGAACAUUGUUGGAUGUGUUAUUGAUGUACAUUACAGACUGUUGUGCAGAAAUUUAUGUGUAAAGCCUGUAUAUAGUAUAUAAGCAGAUUGAAUAUGCAAAAUGCUCAAUAUUUAUGACAUAAUGAAAUACUGAGCUUUUUCAAUCAAGAUGCUUAUAUUACAAUUUUACUUACUAAUAUCUAAAUAUUACAUCUAGAGAUAUGCUUUUACAUCUAAAAUUAAUGUACAACAGGCUUUAAUCUCUCUAUUAGUAUGUCAAACUAGUGCAUCCAAAGGAAUUUACUAUAAGCCAAGCUAACUGUCUUUGACAUUAAAUCUGUAUACUGUGUAUACCAUAUUUGCGUGUGAAAAUAUAUAUGGAAAACAAAAGAAAGAGAGAAAGAGAAAAAGAGAGAAUGAAAAAUUAAAGGAAACGAUACAGAUAUUUUGUUACUAUUAAUUACUAUUCGCCUGUUUCACCCAUGACACAGUGUAUAUUUUAAUUAUAGCAAAAAUAAAUGCCAAUUAUUUCAAA